CUUUUCGCAAACAAUUGAUAGCUAUAAAUGUGAUGCGUUUUGGAAUGAUGUCAUACAACGAAUUCGACUCGAACUAUACGAAAGUGAACGCGAACGAACAAAUAAAACAAAAUGAAGUCUGCUCUAGUUCUUUUGAUUGUAGCUCUAGUUGCUGCAGCCAGUGUUAUGCCCGCUGAGUCGUCACUGUUUGGCGCAAAAUGGACAAAAGAACAAGUAGGGGAGCACCUUGACAACGUCAUUCCGUCUUAUGUAACCUGCGUGAAUGUUCGCUGCAGGACAUCCUGCUGGAAGAACGGAGCUGUUGCAGGCUAUUGCGCAGCUGGUUCCUGCCACUGUGUAGUUCCUGGACCUCCAGGUCUUUGAACACUUCCUUCUGAACAUCCAUCUCUGAUGAAUUCUGUUAGUCGAAUAAACUGAUUUACAAUUAGUACGGUGUUUCAAUUGUUUUUUCUUUUCUAAGGUAAUGCGUUUCUUGGAUGUUACAUAAUGUCCGAGGAUUUGGAAGCCG